AGAUCCCCCCGGGAUAUCCAUUCCAGUCCCUGCCUCCCUCCUUCGGAAGACACUAUCCCUACCUCCUCCGGCCCACUGCAGCCUCUGAUGCAGAUGGCCUGGCUCCUGACGUCCCACUGCCCGCUGAAGGCUCUGAGCACAUGGAGCUUUCCCCAGAGGUCAAGCCCAUCCACCUGUCUCCGUCCAAAAUGCUAGAGCCCAUCCAAACAGCAGCAGAAGAGGAGUCUUUGGAAGAGAGGGUGAAGUCAGAGGUGCAGAUGGAGGAAAGCCAAGAAGACAUCUGCGAGCAGGACAUGGGGACUCUGAACAUCGCCCCCUCCGCAGCCGUCCCGGUGCAGAACGUCGACAGUUGCAACCUCCUGUUGCACCAGGGCGAAGCCCUGGGUGCUAUGGAGCAGGACCGGGAAGACCUCCAGAGCUGCCCACCUCCUUACCAGGUUGUGCCCUGCCCUGCAGAAGCAGAGGCUCAGGCAGAGAGCGGGGCUGGAGCAGAAACCUGCUCCAUGCACAUGGACUACGACGGGCCGCUCGUGCGCGCGGAGAACGAGCCGCCCGCGAUGGACUUGACGCCGCAGCGGGAGGAAGCCUCUGUGGCCAUGGAUCUGCAGAGCGCCGACGUGCCCCGGGGCAGGGAGUUCCCCAGCCUGCCCCCCGAGGAGGGGUGGAGCAGAAACCUGCUCCAUGCACAUGGACUACGACGGGCCGCUCGUGCGCGCGGAGAACGAGCCGCCCGCGAUGGACUUGACGCCGCAGCGGGAGGAAGCCUCUGUGGCCAUGGAUCUGCAGAGCGCCGACGUGCCCCGGGGCAGGGAGUUCCCCAGCCUGCCCCCCGAGGAGGGGGAGCAGGGGCCAGAGGUCCCUCCCUACUGAUCUCUUGCCAAAUGCCAGCUCUGGACAUCAAGCCGGGCGACCCGCUGGCUGGGAUGAACGCUUUGGUGGCUGCCACAGAAAUGCCUCAGGCUUGUUCCUUGUUGACUACCACCAGUGUCACUCCGUCCCAAGUGAAGGUGGAGGUGUUACCUGACCAGGCCUUGGAGCACUCCUUCCUGCAAGGGAUCACUUUGCUGAGUGAAAUUGCAGAGAUGGAGCUGGAGAAAAGGAAGCAAGAAAUGCAGAGUCCAGAGAGUUUCCCUGUCCGGCCAACGCUGGAGAGUUUGCUGGCUGCCAGCACCCACAUGCUCAUGGAAGUACUUUCAACCCCCUUUAUGGAAAGUCUGAAAACCAUCCGGCUGCCUCGAGAGCUGAAUCCCAACAAAAAGUACAGCUGGAUGCAGAAGAAAGAUGAACCCAUGUACUCCAUCAAGUCGGCCAUCGAGAACAUGGACGCCAUGGAGCUGGACUACAGGAUGAGGCUGGCGGAGCUGCAGCGGCGCUACAAGGAGAAGCAGCGGGAGCUGGUGAAGCUGCAGCGCCGCAGGGACUCCGAGGAAAAGCAUGACGAGAAAAGUAGAAGCUUGGCGAGAAGAGGCCCUGGAAGGCCCAGGAAGAGGAAACUUGGAUCGAGCGCUCUGUCACCCAUUAAGGAGAGAGGGAAGAGUGACAGCAAGAGUGGAAAACUGAGCAAGUCCUUGUUGCUCUCCGAAGACUCUGAGACUGGCGAGGGCAUGAAGAAGAGGCACAAAGGGGCCCUCCUGGAGGAGGACGAGGAUGUGGAGAGCAGCAGUGGCAAGAUGAAAGGGAGGAACCAGAGCUGGGAAGAGCAUGAUGCGGCUCCCGGCUUCUCAAAUGAGUUAAAGCUCAAAAAGAAGAAGGUGCCAUCGGAUCAGGAGCAGCUAGCCAGCAAGCUUGACAAAGCCCUGUCACUCACCAAACAAGACAAGCUCAAAUCCCCCUUCAAGUUUGCCGACAGCUCCGGAGGAAAGCCAAAAACUAGUGGAGGUGGCAGCAGGUACCUCCCACCCCACGAGGCUCUACCAAGCAAGGAGGAGAAGAAGAGCCUGGCCAAGAACUUGGGCCUGUCAUUGAAAACCAGCAAGGAAGGUAAAAGCAAAGUUGCUGCCAAAAUGAAGAAGAUGGAGGUGGGGUUAAAAGUCAAAAAUCAGCUCAAGGUUUCCCAUUCACCAGCAAUAUCUGAAGUUAGCAGCUACUCCUAUAGUAAGUAA